AUGCCGGAUCUUGAGUCAUUGCUAGAGUACAAUGAAAUUGUUAGGAAGAUGUUUGCUAAUGAAGAAGAAGGAUUUCAGUUCUAUAACAACUACGGUUCAGAGAAAGGUUUUAGUGUGAGGAGAAGCUAUUGUGAGUGGGACAAUGGCCAUAAUGAGAUGACCCUUCGGAAGUUCGUUUGCAGUCGUCAAGGUUUCCGUGAAGAGAAGCAGCUGAAGAGGGCGAUUAAGAAGCGGAAGCCGCGGAAUAUUACCCGUGUUGGGUGUCUUGCUAAAUUUGUGAUUGCACGAGAUCAGAUCACAGGGCAGUGGUAUGUGAAGGAUUUCAUCGAUGAACAUAACCAUCCGAUGGCGCCAGCAGAUCUCACUUAUCUAUUGCGUUCACAUAGAAGAAUCAGCGACGAGCUCAAAGCUGAGAUUGUGGAGAUGGAGAGUUCUGGGGUGCGCAAACACAAGAUAAUGGAUAUUUUGGAAAUGCGGUAUGGUGGGUAUGAUAAGGUUGGGUGUACAACAAGGGACUUGUAUAAUUUCUGCCACCGCUAUAAGGCGAAGACAAUUGCUGCCGGUGACACUCAAACGGUCAUUAGCUACUUGACGGAACUUCAGCGCAGAGAUCCUGAUUUCUUUUUUGAGUACAUGGUUGAUGGGGAAGGACACCUAAAGGGCCUAUUCUGGUGUGACAGUCAAUGUCUGCUUGAUUAUGAAGCUUUUGGUGAUGUCGUUGUAUUUGAUAGCACCUACAAAACUAAUCGGUACAACCUACCCCUUGUUCCUUUUGUUGGGGUGAAUCACCAUCGAAGCACAGUUAUUUUUGGGUGUGGAAUUAUUUCUCAUGAGAAUAUUGAGUCAUAUGUGUGGAUGCUACGUACAUUUUCUGAGGCCAUGAUUCAGAAGCAUCCGGUCUCCGUGAUCACUGAUGGGGACCUUGCUAUGCAGAGAGCAAUCAGGUUGGUGUGGCCGAAUUCAUCGCAUAGGCUCUGCAUAUGGCAUAUUGAGCAGAACAUUGUGCGCAAUGUUAAAGAUGAUGUUGUGAAAGAUGAAUUCAGGAGUUUCCUUUAUGAUUGUUGGCCCAUAGAAGAGACUGAGACAAAAUGGUUGCAAUUUUUGGAUAAGCAUAAGGUUACAAAUAAGGAGUCAUGGUUGUAUCAGAUGUAUGAUACGAGGGAAAUCUGGUGUGCUUCGUAUCAUGCUGGGCGGCGCGCAAAUGAGGCAAAGCUGGACACCGAUGCAUUGCAAUCUGAGGUAUGCACAGAUCCAGAUGCUUCAAUUAUUGAGCUAGAAGCCGUGAAAUCGUUCACUCCAACAGUUUUCGCCAUGGAAGGAUAA